CAAGAGACCUCCUCCCCCACCCCCCUCCCCGGCACAACUUGAUUUCCUUCCAGUCGGGGGCAGAGGUGGUCUCCAUGUAGCUUCCCUAUGAGUUCCCGCCUCUCCUCCUCCCUAAGAAAAUCGAUCUUGGCUCUAUUUGUGUCUUAUGUUCGCCACCCCCAUUUCCCCCAGAGAGCGCUGGGUUUGUUUAUUUCUUUAUUUAUUCCCGGGGCCAAGGCAUCCUGGACCUGUGGCUGUGCAGACCCGGGACUCAUAGGCGAAGACGGAGAGAAAUUAACCUCCCGCCGCUGCCCCCUAGUCAAGCGUGACAACGCGCGGGCUGGUUGCGUGACUCGUGACGUCUCCAAGUCCUAUAGGUGCAGCGGCUGGUGAGAUAGUCGGUAUCGCCUAGUUGCCUCUUUAUUUUAUUGGGGUAUGCCUGGUAAUAAACAGUAAUAUUUAAUUUGUCAGAGACCACAAACCAACUUCGAGCUGGGAGGUACGUGCUCCUCUUGACAGACGCUGGAAGAAGGCCUGGCCUAAAAGGGGUCUCUUUGGGGAAUCCUUUACAAAAUUUUCACCUAAACUCCCCUUCCCAGCGAGGCACCCCUCCUGGCUUCUGCGCUGGAAAAAAGAGGUGCGAUUUUUGGAGAGCAGAACCUCGCGCGGCCACAGGGCCCUGGGUGCACCAUGGCUGACGCAGAGGAGGGCUUUGGCCUGGCGCACCCGCCUCUGGAGCCUGACUCAAAAGACCUGCCCUGCGAUUCAAAACAGGAGAGCGCACUAGGGGCUCCCAGCAAAUCUCCGUCCUCCCCGCAGGCCGCCUUCACCCAGCAGGGCAUGGAAGGAAUCAAGGUGUUUCUCCAUGAAAGAGAACUGUGGCUGAAAUUCCAUGAAGUGGGCACGGAAAUGAUCAUAACCAAAGCUGGAAGGAGGAUGUUUCCCAGCUACAAAGUGAAGGUGACUGGUCUUAAUCCCAAAACAAAGUACAUUCUCCUCAUGGAUAUUGUUCCUGCCGACGACCACAGAUACAAGUUCGCGGAUAAUAAAUGGUCUGUGACCGGCAAAGCUGAGCCGGCCAUGCCGGGCCGCCUCUACGUGCACCCGGACUCGCCGGCCACUGGGGCGCACUGGAUGCGGCAGCUUGUGUCCUUCCAGAAACUCAAGCUCACUAACAACCAUCUGGACCCAUUUGGCCAUAUUAUUUUGAAUUCCAUGCACAAAUACCAGCCCAGAUUACACAUCGUGAAAGCAGAUGAAAAUAAUGGAUUUGGCUCAAAAAAUACAGCCUUCUGCACCCACGUCUUUCCUGAGACUGCAUUUAUUGCAGUAACAUCCUACCAGAAUCACAAGAUCACGCAAUUAAAGAUCGAGAAUAAUCCCUUCGCCAAAGGGUUCCGGGGCAGCGAUGACAUGGAGCUGCACAGAAUGUCAAGAAUGCAAAGUAAAGAAUAUCCCGUGGUUCCCAGGAGCACAGUGAGGCAAAAAGUGGCCUCGAACCACAGUCCUUUCAGCAGUGAGCCUCGAGCUCUCUCCACCUCAUCCAACUUGGGGUCCCAGUACCAGUGUGAGAAUGGAGUCUCUGGCCCCUCCCAGGACCUUCUGCCCCCUCCCAACCCAUACCCACUGCCCCAGGAGCACAGCCAAAUUUACCAUUGCACCAAGAGGAAAGAUGAAGAAUGUUCCACCACAGACCAUCCCUAUAAGAAGCCCUAUAUGGAGACAUCACCUAGUGAAGAGGACCCCUUCUACCGCUCUAGCUACCCCCAGCAGCAGGGUCUGAGUGCCUCCUACAGGACAGAGUCGGCACAGCGGCAGGCCUGCAUGUACGCCAGCUCGGCGCCACCCAGUGAGCCGGUGCCCAGCCUGGAGGACAUCAGCUGCAACACGUGGCCCAGCAUGCCUUCCUACAGCAGCUGCACGGUCACCACUGUGCAGCCCAUGGAUAGGCUACCCUACCAGCACUUCUCUGCUCACUUCACCUCGGGGCCCCUGGUCCCCCGGCUGGCUGGCAUGGCCAACCAUGGCUCCCCACAGCUCGGAGAGGGAAUGUUCCAACACCAGACCUCCGUGGCCCACCAGCCUGUGGUCAGGCAGUGUGGGCCUCAGACUGGCCUUCAGUCCCCCGCCAGCCUUCAGGCCCCCGAGUUCCUCUACUCUCAUGGUGUGCCAAGGACUCUGUCACCUCACCAGUACCACUCUGUGCAUGGGGUUGGCAUGGUGCCAGAGUGGAGUGAGAACAGCUAAGCGAGGCCUGCUUCAUGACAGACAGACACUUGCCGAGAGAGAGGAGGGAGAGUGAGGGACAGAGACAAUAGCAAAGAGAACCCCACGGACAAGAUUGUUCAUUUCACCCAAAGGUCACAUCUGCACCCGAAGCCUCUGGACACUGAUCUAAUCAGUAGCUUGAAACCACAAUUCAAAAAAUGGGACUUUGCCGUUAUGUCUCAAAACUUAAAAAACAAACAAAAAAAUGAGUCCCACCCCCCACGACCACCGCACUUGUCCACCAGCCUCAUUCACACCAUACCUGAUGUCCUCCCCAAUUCCUUUUUAUGGGCUCCAGAAUGUCUAGCCUCACUAAGUUUUCUCCAAAUGCAUAGUUGGAGUCUUUCCUUGUCUUUGUGUUAAUGUUGACAAUGUUAUAUAAUAAAUAAUAAUAUAUUUUUUCUUUCAAUUUUCUUAACGGGACCCAGUCCCUUAUUUGGGGGGAGGCCUGAGGCAAGUAUGUUUCAAAAUGUGUACUUGUGGGAUUCCCCUCAAAUAAACCAUCCCUAAAGCCUAAAUUCACCACCUAAGAAAAGUACCUACCUCUGACAUGUGAUGUUUCUGAAAGGUUGCCCAGGUCCCAGCUUUUCUUCCACUUGUCCUGCCUUUUCCAGGAUCACGGCGCUCAGCUCUGCCUUCUACUUACCAGAGGGGUCAGGAUAACAUCGACCCCAUCUGGCAGCCUAUCUGAUUCAGCCCCACCAUCUUCCCAGCCCUGUGUCUUUCCAGCCAUCUGUCGCUAAAACGUGGCCUAUAGCUUCCCGUCCGGAAAGCUUGCUUUGAAAAACUUAAAAAGCCCGUUUACAUGCGGGAAGAACUGUGAUAAGCAGAACCCAAGCUCUGUGUGGACAAGAGUUGUGAACAAAAGCCAAAGUAAAUAUUCUUCCUGAUUGAAAAACAAAGCCAGCCCUGAGCUUCCGAACCUCCAUCGCCGAUGGCCCAAACGGGAUGCAAAGCAAAACCCACAAUUUCUCAAGAAAAGGCAAGACGUGCUCACUGGUUACUUCUCUCCAAAGAAAUCACUCCAGCACCAAAUGCUGACACAAAACUGUGUUUAUUGAAAGCAGAAAACAGUAUUAACAGAAAAGUGUGUAAGUAAAAUGUUAGGGUAGGGUUCUUCAGAUGUAAUAUUUUACUGGUACUAUUUAUUUAUAAAUAGGAAUUCUAAUUAAGUAAUAACAUGAAAUGAAAACCAGCAUGGGAGCUGGCCAAGAGCUUUUAAUUUUAUUGAUACUCAAAAUCAAGUUUGUGUUUUGUUUCUUUUUUUCUUUCGAAUGUGCUUUGCUUUCUUGAUUAAAAAAAGAAAUUUUUUUUUUAAACAGACCCUAAUAAAGAGAACAGGGUAAUAUGUGAGGCUGAGUAUGCCCAAGUACGUGAGAGAGUGUGAGUCUGUUUGUACGUGAGUGUCUUUAUGCGAUUAUGUCUUUUUAUGUUGCUAAGGGGGGAGGGUGAAAAUUAAGUACUCGUGCCUUAUACUUGUGUGCCAAUUAAUGCCUAAUAAAUACCAUGUGCUUUAAAAAGUA